AUAGCCCGAUAUGCCCAAACAUGUCGCAAUGCCGCUCACUCUCCAUUACAAACAUGGAGUUUAAAGUACUGUUCUUUGUUUUAUUAUUUGUUGCAACAUCAUAUGCUGAGCCUAAAAGCUAUGAAGGUUACAAAGUUUAUAAAGCAGUUCCUAAAACAGCUGAUGAAGUGGAAGGUCUGAUCAAAUUGAAAAUAAGUGGUGUAACCGAGUUUUGGGAUGAUAACAUUGAUGUUAAUCAAAAUGUGAAGAUUAUGGUUUCGCCAGCUCAUGAAGCGGAGUUCAUUGAAAUUAUAGAAAGAGAUAAUAUUGAAGCGACGCUAGUGAUUGAUGAUGUGCAAAGAGCCAUCGACGACCAGAUAAUUCCUGUCUCCAACCAACGAAACGCCGACACAUUGUUCUCAUUCACAUGGGAAAGAUAUCACACAUUGGACACAAUCUAUUCCUGGCUAGACGAAUUAGCAGAAGCUUUCCCGGAUGUAGUAAGAACAGUAGUCAUGCCAGGUCAAAGCGUAGAAGGCAGACAGAUAAAAGGAGUCAUCAUUGAUUACCACCCAGAGAGAACAGAUAAGAAAAUUGGUAUGUUCGUGGGUGGGAUUCACGCUAGAGAGUGGAUUUCACCAGCAACUGUUACUUGGAUAAUCAAAGAAUUUUUGGCGAGCGACGAUCCAGAAGUUGUAGCGAUGGCUAAUGAAUUUGAAUGGCAUAUCUUCCCUGUUGUGAAUCCUGAUGGAUACUCUUAUACCUUUACAGAUAUAAGAAUGUGGAGAAAGAAUCGUAGCAAGGUUAAUUCCACUUCCUGUGCGGCUAUCGGUUCUGAAGAUGACAUGAGCAACGGCGUAGAUCUUAACAGGAACUUUGAUUUUGAAUGGAACACGGCGGGAACAUCGGACAACCCUUGUUCGAACGUUUUCCCUGGUCCAUCACCAGCUUCAGAGCCCGAGACUCGAGCCAUACAGCAAUACGUCACAAAUCUAAGGCAACAAGGAGAGAUCAUUUACUACGUCGCAUUCCACUCUUACUCUCAGUUGAUCGUCGUGCCGUACAGUCAUCUGAGUUCAUUUUGGGUGUUGUCGAUUCCUGGCUUUGCGAACAUGUUUGAAAUAGCUGUAAGAGCAGCUGACGCACUAGCAGCCAGGAGCGGUACGACAUACAGAGUUGGUCUUUCAGCGGACAUUAUGUACUUGAUGAGCGGUACAAGCUUCGACUGGGUUAAGAACACCGGUGUUCCAGUUGCAUAUUUAAUAGAACUCAGAGAUCUGGGUGAUUAUGGUUUCCUGCUACCAGCAGAACAGAUCAUUCCGAACAAUCUAGAAAUCAUGGAUGCUAUUCUUGAGAUGGACAGAGCAACAAGGGAUCUGAAUAUUUAUACACGAGUAUCUUCUGCUGGUACUGUUGUGACGUCAAUGCUUUUGGUAGCAUUUGGUGUUGUCAUUGCCAUUAUCUACUGAUAGUACCUACUUUGGAGAUAGUAACCUACAUUCAUUUUAUGAUCGGUAUGCAGUAUACAGAAAUUUAAAACUUUGGUCGUUAUACACAUCUACCAUCGGACUCUUAGAUGCACGGCCGGUUUCCAUCCUUUCUUGGCAGAUAUACCGCAAUUCGCACGAAGCGCUUUGCUUCUUCUUUUCUUAUGCGCACUGCCAAGGAGUGGAAUUCCUUGCCGGC